UAGUUAUUUUUUUCUGUUGAAUACCUUUGAAAAAAUAGAGCUUCUUUUUUAAGAACAUUUCAAAUUAGAUAAGUGAGGACGAGGCGUGACUUGACGAGCAAAUGAUAAGUUUUUCCUUUCUUCAUUAGUUAAUCGAACUAAGUCAAGCUUUUGACAUGAUCAUCAGUGUUCUGUGGCUGUACAUAAUCCACUUAUGCCAAUGGCAUGAUCACAUUUUUACCCUAUUUCAGAAUUAUUUAUCACGCUUUGACGUCUACUGAGGUUAACAGCUGAUCAGCAAGUGACAUUUUUGUGUUAGUCUGCAAUGUUGGCAAUAAUGGAUCGAGUAUGAAUCUAGUAAAACAUGUUUGUGGCGUUUUGUUUUAUGCAAAUAGACUUUUCUAAAUAAAAGAGCUUUUAGCAAGUACAAAAUCAAUCUGUGGCGUACAAAAAAACCAAUACAAAAUUCGGCUCUGUCUACCUGGCGUUGACGAAUCCGUCAGAAUUGUCCUGUGCCGAUAUGGGGAGUUUUGAAAAAUUACUAGAUAAUCAGCUGUCAUUCUACCGUGAUGGAUACUGGUGAAAUAGGUUAUGUAAGUCACAUAACCUGACAUUUGGAGAUUUUUGUGGCCCAGCCACCCAGUAAAUAAAUAUUCUCUUUUAGAAUUAUUCCGUAUUAAUAUCAGUCUAGUAACAAGUGCAGCAGAAUGUUCACAGUUAGAUCAGUUUCAACAAUUCAAACUAUGAAACCGUUACUCCGAAAUUACAGCAGAAAAUUGAAAUUGGAUCCUGGUAUACAGAAAAGAAAAAAGGUCCUGGAUUCACCUGAAGCGAAUGAAGAAGACUUUGAGUCUCUUGAAUCAGAUUUUAUGAAUGUUCAUAAAUCUCACAAGCAGUUUGAAAGGGAUAUGGAGCUGGAAAUGGAAAAAUUAGAAUACAAUAUUCUGAAGCGCAAAUAUUUCAAGCAGGUCUUUCCAAAUUUCUUGACAUGGGCUGAUAAAGAGCAGAUAAAGUACUUACACAGUUCUGAUCCAGAAGAAUGGACAGUUGAAAAGCUUGCAGAAAGCUUUCCUGCAUUGCCUGAAACUAUUAAGAAAGUUCUAAGGGCCAAAUAUACAAAGGUACAGACAAAAAUACAAAAUCAUGACGAGUCUGUCCAACACAAUUGGGAACUGUUCAAAAAAGGACAAAUGAAAUAUUUACCUGGGGAAUUGACAGAACAUUUAAACAAAUUUUCUAAUAGAUCUUUGAAUUUCAACCCAUCCACUUUGUCACAACAAAAUAUAAAGGAAGUUCUUAUUGAAAAGAAAACGUUAGCAAGUAAUGAGUUUUCAGAUAUUAUAACAAGUUAUGAGGCAUUAAAACAGAAAAACAAGAAAAUUGAAGAGAGCAUAAAUGUGGAUAUGGAUCAACUUAACAUCAAACCUGAUCCUGACAAUCCAGACUCUGGGAUCAUAGGAAAAGUUACAAAUAAAAAUUCAUUAGUCACCUUCAAAGAGCUACAGAGAAAUAUUGAGCAUAAAGCCAAUAGGGGAAAAAAAGUAGAUGAAGAUGAAAAACUAAUUUUGAAGAGUUUGGAAACACAUAGUUCUGCUCAAGAGAUUGUUACACAAGUAUUGCGACCAGAAGACGUUGUUGCAAUAUCAAAGAAUAAAUAUAAGUCUUCUGGUGGAAGUCUAGUGAAAAAGUCAGAGCGUGAUUAUAGCCAUUUGAUAUACCCUGAGAGAAUAGUGAUACCUAAGGACAAAGUAAAAAAACACUGUAUAUAUAAAUUAAAUGAUUGUUACUAUGAUCAUGAUGGAUAUUUUUUGUAUAGAGUACCUGGUAUGGAAUAAAUAAAAAGUUUUAGUUUUGUUUGUUUA